AUGUCCCAAUGGUUGCCAGGUCAUUUCCCUCCUUCACAACAACCUUCGUUUCCAAAUUUUCCAGGACCACCAUCGGUUCCUCCAAAUCAAUAUAUACCACCACCAACAUAUCAAAGACCUUCAAUUCCUCCACAAUCACAACCUCCAAUUGAUGAUUUAUCUUUGGCAUUCGAUAAUCUUGCAAUGACUUUAAGAGCCACAGCUGGUCCACAAGAAUUGGAUGAUUUUCAAUUUGAGCGUAGACAAGAAUUUUGGGUUAAAGAUGCACUUUAUCUACAUUUGCUCCCUUUACUAAGAGCUGCAUUCCAUUUCAUGGAAGCAAAUGAAAAACAACAAGAAAAAGUUCUUAAAAUAAUUUCUAUCUGGAGUGAUAAACAAUUUUUUGAUGAGUUUAAAAUUAAUUCAUUACAAGCUGGUGUAAUGGUCCCCCCUCCUCCACCGGGAGGACCUCCUCCUUCGCCAUUUAGUAGUGGUUUUGGACAUACACACUAUCAAAAUCAACAAGGUGUUCCGUCUUAUUAUAAUCAAGGACCACCUCCACCACCAGCUCCAUUAAGUAUACCUAGUCAAUUUUCACCGCCUCCUGGUAUUCCAAUGCAAGGGCUUGUUCCAAGGCCUAACACCCCUAACAUUUCCAAUGUAUCACAACCAAUACUUACAGUGCCAGAAAAAAAAUAUCAUGAAUUACCAGCUGGACUAAUAGUUCCUGUUGUUUCGCCUGAGAAUCCUCCAUAUACACCUAUACAUGCUGCCUCCAUCAGACUUCCACCACACCGUCUUCCACCAACUCAAGAAUUAUUGGAUGCAGUAGAUAAAUUUUAUGAUGGAAUGAAUAUAAUUGAGUCAACUGGUGAUAGUGAGGAUGAGGGCCUAGUGCCAGGGAUUAAUACAAUACCAGAGAAGAGCAAGAUUCAAUUAGAUAAGGAUGGAUGGGAAUUUGGAUUCUUGGAUGAUUAUUAUAAAGAACUUGAAAUUCGUAGAUCUGCUAAUACAUCAAGAACUACCUCUGGAAGGUAUUAUACUCGAUCUUCAUAUAAUAGACGUCUGGAUGACAGAGGAGGAAGGUGGUCAAGAGAUAAUAAUCAUAACAGAAGUUAUUCUUCAAGGUCACGCUCAUUAUCAAUAUCAAGAUCUCAAUCAAGAAGACAUAAAAGAAGAUCCAAUUAUUCAGAUUCUUCUAGAAGUAGAUCAAGAGGUCGUCGUAGAUAUCGAAGAAGGAAUAGUAGAAGUCGUAAUAUAAGAGUAAUAGUCGAUCUAGACACAGUUGGAGGAAAAGAUCAAGAUCACAUAGAUCAUAUUCAAGAACAAGGUCAAGAUCACAUUCACAAAGUUCAUCCAGAUCAAGAAUUAGAUCUAGAACUCGCACCCGCUCACGUUCAAGAUCAAGAACUAGAACCAGGUCCGGAUCCGGGUAUAGAUCUAGGUCUAGAUCCAAAACAAGAUCAACAACCAGAUCCAAUUCUCGAACUAGAUCAAAUUCAAGAAGUAAGUCAAGAUCAUUAUCUAGAUCCAAAUCCAGAUCAAGAUCGUAUAGUCCAAGUAGAAGUAGAAGUAGAAGUUAUAGUCAUGAUAGACACAAGUCUAGUGAUUGGUUUGGGUUAUGUUAAAGAACGUGACGAAGGGGCUAGAACAGAUAAAAUGAUAUCUGAUCAUAAUGUUGGAUUCCAAAUUUUGAAGAAAUUAGGCAAGUUAAUUUAUUUAUUUGUAUUCUUUAAAGAAAGGUUAAUAAUCAAACAAUUAAAUAUCAAAAUAGGAUGGGAAGGUGCAGGAACAGGAUUAGGUUCAUCAAUGGCUGGUAUUGCAGAACCAAUAAAAGGCGGAGAAUUAAGAACUGGGGAACAAAAAUAUUUAGGUGUUGGGCAUGGCCAUGAUGAAGAAGGUGAUAUCUUUGAUCAAUAUCGUAAACAAAAAAGUUACACUUAUCAAAGAAGUGAUGGUAAUUCAAAAGAUAAAAAGCCAGCUGGAUGCUUUAGGUGUGGCAAGCCUGGUCAUAUUGCAAGAGAAUGUCAAGAAAUUGGGACUUUGCUUCUUAUCAUUAGACUUUAUUAUAAUAUUUAA